CGGAGGCAAUUAGCGCUAAUUAACGGAGGGGGCGCCGCGGUGGUGGCGCCGGGCACUAGGUCAGGGUCGGGAGGAGGAGGAGGAGCAGGAGCAGCAGGAGCGGGGGGAGCGGUGCUGGCCGCCGCAGCGGCCCCCGGAGGGGCGGCUGUUGACUUCCUACUCGCCCCUUGCAGCCGGCUGCCGCCCCCGCCGCGGGGCGCGAUGGCAGUCGGCGGCUGAAGGAACCCCAGCGCCCUCCCCUGGACGAGCUAAUGUUUAAGUAAUGGAUUCCAAAGAAUUGCCGAACUCGUCAGAUCAAGACAAAACAAGGAAAAAUGUGCUCAUCAGUACCAAAGGAGGGAUUGUGAUGGACUUUCAUCCACCCUUCAGGGGUGGAGCUACUCUGCAAGCCCCUGUGUCUACAUCUCCUCUCCCCGCGUCUUCUCAGUCAGAUUCCAAUCAGCAACCUGCUUUGGCUGACUUUUCAAAAGGAUUAGUAAACAAUGUGCCUCAGCCAGACCUUUCCAAGGCAGUGUCGCUCUCGAUGGGACUGUACAUGGGUGAAACAGAUGCAAAAGUGAUGGGAAAUGACCUUGGAUUUUCGCAGCAGGGCCAAAUCGGCACCUCUUCUGGAGAAACAGACUUCAGGCUCCUGGAAGAAAGUAUUGCGAGCUUGAGCAAGUCCUCGAGCCUGGCUGAGGACGCAAAGGGAGCAAUACCUUCUGAGGUGCCGCUUGAGCCGGAUUUCCCAGGCAUGGCUGGCCGCAACGUCCCUUUAGAGUCGGGAGCUGCAGUCCAAAGCCAGGUUGGCUCAAACGGUGGCAACUUGAAAUUAUUCUCUGAAGACCAAAGCACCCUGGAUAUUCUCCAGGAUUUAGAACUGCCGCCGGUAUCGCCUGGCAAAGAGCCCAGUGGGAGCCCGUGGAGGCUUGACCCGUUGCUAGAUGACGGUGGCUUGCUCUCCCCUAUAUCCGCAGAUGAUGCGUUUCUCCUGGAAGGAAAUCUCGGCGAAGACUGCAAGCCUCCUAUUUUAUCUGACACUAAACCUAAAAUUAAUGACCGUGGUGACCUUUUACCCAGUUCCAAAAUGCCAAUGCCUCAAGUGAAAACAGAAAAAGAAGACUUCAUUGAACUCUGUACUCCUGGCAUAAAGCAAGAAAACAUGGGCCCAAUUUAUUGUCAGGCAAACUUCGCCGGGUCUAAUCUGCUGAGUACUAAAGCCUCUGCCAUAUCUAUCCACGGUGUCAGUACCUCUGGGGGACAAAUGUAUCACUAUGAUUUAAAUACUGCAUCGCUCUCUCAGCAGCAGGAUCAGAAACCAAUUUUUAAUAUCAUUCCAUCUCUUCCUGCCGGUUCAGAAAAUUGGAAUAGGUGCCAGGGAUCAGGGGAUGAGACGUUAGCUCCUUUGGGAGCGCUCAGCCUUUCUGGCAGACCUGCUUUCUCUAAUGGCUAUUCAAGCAGCCCUGGAAUGAGAUCAGAUGUAAGCUCUUCUCCAUCCACAUCCUCGGCAACUACGGGACCACCUCCCAAACUUUGUCUUGUUUGCUCUGACGAGGCUUCUGGGUGCCAUUAUGGUGUUCUUACUUGUGGCAGCUGCAAAGUGUUCUUCAAAAGAGCUGUGGAAGGGCAGCACAACUAUCUGUGCGCUGGGAGGAACGAUUGCAUUAUUGACAAAAUUCGGAGGAAAAACUGUCCGGCGUGCCGCUACCGGAAAUGUCUUCAAGCUGGCAUGAACCUCGAAGCUCGAAAAACAAAGAAGAAGAUAAAAGGAGUUCAGCAGACGAACGUGGCAGGACCGCGGGAUGUUUCAGAAACGCCUGGAAACAAGAGCAUCGUUCCUGCGUCCCUGCCGCAGCUGACCCCGACCCUGGUUUCCCUGCUGGAAGUGAUUGAGCCAGAGGUGAUGUACUCGGGCUACGACAGCUCGCUGCCGGACUCCAGCUGGAGGAUACUGUCAACUCUCAACAUGCUGGGAGGGCGGCAAGUAAUAGCUGCAGUGAAGUGGGCAAAGGCAAUACCAGGAUUCCGAAAUCUACAUCUGGAUGACCAAAUGACCCUUCUGCAGUACUCGUGGAUGUUCCUGAUGGCGUUUGCUUUAGGAUGGAGGUCAUACAAACAAUCAAAUGGAAAUCUCCUGUGCUUUGCACCAGAUCUGAUUGUUAACCAGCAGAGAAUGAAUCUACCCUGUAUGUACGAACAAUGCAAGCAUAUGCUUAUGAUUGCCCGAGAGCUAGAACGGCUGCAAGUCUCGUAUGAAGAGUAUCUCUGCAUGAAAACGUUGCUUCUCCUCUCUACAAUUCCGAAGGAAGGCCUGAAGAGUCAAUCUUUGUUUGAAGAAAUCCGUAUGACGUACGUUAAAGAGCUGGGAAAGGCCAUAGUGAAAAGAGAAGGGAACUCAAGCCAGAACUGGCAGCGAUUUUAUCAACUGACUAAACUGUUGGACUCUAUGCAUGAUGUGGUUGAAAAUCUUCUGAGCUUUUGCUUCCAGACAUUUUUGGAUAAAUCCACGAGUAUUGAGUUCCCAGAUAUGUUGGCAGAAAUCAUCAGCAAUCAGAUGCCAAAAUACUCAAAUGGAAAUAUCAAGAAGCUCUUAUUUCAUCAAAAGUGACUGCCUUAACACAAAAGGGUUGCCUUAAGAAAACGUCAAAUGAUAGCUUUUUUUUUUUUUUUUUGUAAAGAAAAAAACCUACCAGACUUGUUAAUUUUGUCCUUGCAGCGGUGUUUCUUUUGUAAUUAUGCACUACAUGUGGUUUACAGAGGGCCAAGAUUUAGGCUAUAGAAGCAGCGUAAUUUCUCACAUUUGGUAAAAAGCUGGGGAGAAAGAAAAGGAAAGUAAACCUUAUUUGUCAGAAAUUACGUGUCUCCCCUUGUGCAACAUCCAUGGAAGCAUCAAAACCACCGGUGACAAGAUCUGAGGCUGUGUUACAAACAUUCUGCUAAUUAAUUUCUGCAGUUGGCUGGAGACAAUUUUCUAGGCUUUUUUUUUUUUUUUUUCCUUAUUUUAGUAAAGUGUUUUGGAAUUAUUUUUUUUUUUUUUUAAAGUUAAGGUAGCAUUUUUGGUUUAUGCAUGUAACCUGAAGAAAGUUUACAAGUGUAUAUCAGAAAAGGGAAGUUGUGCCUUUUAUAGCUAUUACUGUCUGGUUUUAGCAAUUUCCUUUAUAUACCGUGAACGAAGCUUGUUCAUUUUUUCUUACAUAAUUUUUUUGUAAUACUUCAAGAUGCCUAUUGUACAGCUGGUUUUUUAAGGUGGGGCAGCUCGUAGCUUUCCUAAAUGACCUCUAGACAUUAAUCCUUGAGUAUAUUCAUGUGAAAAUGGGUUGGGCUUUUCUAACCUAAUAGCUUUCAACUGUCAAAGCGACCGUGAAAAUUUGGCAUUUUUUAAGGGCCAGGGUGGGUGGGAGAACACUCUCAAAUCUAAUUUAAAUAGACGCGAAUGAAACAAAUACUUUUGGUAUACGCGCAAAAGUGUUGGAUAUGCAGAUUCAUAGCAAAUUAACCCAGUCCUAACUGGAUGUAAACGAGCAGGUUGUUUUAUAUAUUGAAAAAAAAAAAAAAGCCUGAUUUUUUGCAUAUAAUGCAACAGCCAUAACUACAAGAGUCGUGGGCUGCAUUGAUGCCAAGAAGAUCAGUCCUGACUGCCCAUCAGGAAAUUUUCAGGAAAAUAUGCAUAGCUUAAGAAAAGUUUACUUCUGUGUGGAGAAACUCACAUUUUCUAUACACUUUAAAUCGAUCAUCAUCCAAGUAUAUACGGGGAAAUGCCAUCGACUUAAGAGGCAGGCGUGUAAUUAUGCCCAGUGGUUUGGUUUUGUUCUGUUUUCUUGUGUCGAUUCUAGAAACCUUUUCUUCGGCGAGAUGUUUACCGGCCCGCGGGCAGUAAAGCAGAGCAGCUGCGCUGGCUGACCGUGACUCUGGAUAUACAGGCUCCCAACUCGUGUGGUUAGAGACCCAUUUUCACAUCUCCACCUGCCACUGACUGGCUCAUCCUCUUUCCUGAGAGCAGGAAAGCUCCGCUACUGAUUCCGUGGUCUUAGAGUCGUAUGUCGAACUUUCUGUCCUUGUAAGGCUGCAUCCCUUCAUAUCGAAUUACUAGUGUGCCAUAAAAUUACCAUAGGUCUUGUGAAUUUCUCCUUGUUGGCCAUUGAUAACUGUAUUUUAAAACGUUUAGAAGCUGUAGUAGCCUUUUCUACGCGCACCUUAACGAUUUUCUGUAUCUCAAAAUGGAAAUAUUUGCUAAGCCACUCUAAAAUUUGAUUUUUACUCAAAGUGGCCAGGUUAUUUGUGUAAUAGAAAUGAGAAAGAUCGUCUGAUGAAAUACAAAACCUAAUAUAUUUUUAUAUUUAGUUAUAGUUUCAAAUAUGUAUAAUCGGUAUAUUCGCUCAUCUGAGAAAAGAAGGGAAGGGCUACUGCAGCUUUAAAAGCAAUUUAUUAAAUGAUUGUAAAAUAGCUUGUAUAGUGUAUAAUAAGGAUGAUUUUUAGAUGACAGAUUGCUUUAUCAUGAUACAUGUAAUUAUAUUUUUUGUAGGGGUCACAAAUAUGCUGAAUGGUAACCCGUACAAGUUGUGGUUUGUCUGGAGGCAGUUCUGAAGGCAUCGGCGUUUAGCAUCCAAAGAAGUACUCUGUUUAGAAAGGAAAAAAAAAAAAAAACAAAACAAAACAAACCAACCGGUGUUCAGUGGCUAUUUCUAGGGAUUUUCCGUUUCUCGAAUCACUGUGUUAAAACUGGAGUUGGCGCCGGGAUGGAAUACUCCUAUCUGUAGGGUUGGUUACCAUUCACGAUUCGUUGCUAAAUCCGACCUCCGCUGCAAAAAAGGUUAAGCCGGGAGGAGGGGUGCGCGCGAGCACGCCUGCACCUCCGAGCGCGCGGGGCCGGCGUCGCAAUCAGCCUGCACGCCGCCGCAACAGCACCGAAAAAUUUGGCAAUAAUACGCAUACAGGUACCAGCAAUAUGUAAAUAUAGCGAUAGGUUGUUCACAAUACGCUCGUACGUUUCUAUUGUCAGCCAGAGUUUGUUUCCAAGUGAAAUGGGAAACUAAAUUUUCAUCCUUUCUUAAUUCUCUUUUUGAAUGUUAUAGCUAUUAAAGACAGAUACUAUAUUCAGUACUUUGGCGUAAAACAUCGUCUUUAAUAAAAAAAAAAAAAAAAGGAAUCAUUCUCUUCUCUUCGAACGAUCUGUAAAGAACACGUAUGUUUUGUAGCAGCUAAGGUAAAGUUCAGUAUUUUGAUUCUAACUUUCGACCCAACUCGAUGCCGAGAUUCACGCAACCCGUUCGAGAUACAGAUAGGAGUUUCCCCGCUGUGUGCUUUCAGGUGGGCUCUUCAGUUCCAAGGAAAACCGCUCUUGCUUUAGAGAACGUUUUUAACCCUCGCACCCCCAGAUACCUCAGUUAGCGCCUGCGUGGAGGAGCGAGCGUGUGCGUGCGUGCGCCUGGGGGGGUGAGCGUGCACGUCCGCCAACGCCUCCGCCUUCGCAUGCGCAAAGAUCCAAAACCUUGCGUUGCCGGCAGAAAAGUAACUUCGGUGACCGCGAACAAAUCAUCACCUGCAGAGAACUGAGAACCCAGGAGGAGAGAGGCUCUCUACCCCCUUUUUGUCUAUACGCCUGUAUAUUCAUUUUCAGUCCAUGGAUUUAAGGAAAGAAAAGAGAAAAAAAAAAACAAA